GCAUGGGGCUGGUUAUUGUACAUCCGACAAAGAAAUUCUCAGUUCUGCAUGGGGGCGAGUUAACAUUUUUGAAUUCAUUUAAAUGCAUUGAGUUGCAUUUAAAUAAUUUGAGACUGCGUGAACUGAAUGUGUGAUCAAGGUCAAUUUGAAAAAAAAAAUAAAAAAAAAGUACAUGCGUAGAGACCUAAUCCAGCGAUCCCUCGUGUAUCAGUCCACUAUGUUGCCACUGAGUUACGGAACAAUUUAACAAACAUCUACAAUCAAUUUUAUAUGCACCGCAUGUUGGUUUUCCUGUCACGGAUUGAAUUGUAUAGAUCAACAUUUGCUGAAAUUCGCCGGGAACGAUUGGGGCAAAUUCGAGUGUGUAUUUGCUCUCACCAACUUAGCCGCAACCAAAGAUAUUCGCAACUGAUUUUGAAGCGUUUGCGUGCUGACACAUUGAACUGAAUUCGCUGACUUUAAACUUUUACAUCGUAUUUAGUUAAAGAAAAACUAUUAACAAAGAAAAAUAAUAAAGAUUACAAUGAAGAACGAAAGUGGUAAAGAAGAGAAUAAAGAAAAACUGAAUGAUUUACCAAAGGAUUUAGCAGACGAAGACAAGUCACUUUGGGGUUAUGAUUUAUAUCCUGAAAGGAGAGGUGCAAAAUACAAACCUUCUUUAAUUAAUACAAUGCUUGGUAUCGAAGGUCGAGAAGACAUAAACAGAAUAAAAUGUGAAAGAAACGUCUAUAAUGUGUUCCAUAGUAGUCCACUAGUGAAAUUGAUGGCAGCAGCGCUAAAAAGUUCAGGAUGUGAGUUUGAUAUUCGAAGACACGUUUGCUGUGAAGUAUGUGAUUACUCGGUCAGCGGUGGAUAUGAUCCUAUACUAAAUCAGAUUGUCGUGUGCCAGAAUGUCGCACGAGGCAAAGGAAUGAUCCAAGGAGUAAUGACUCACGAAAUGAUUCACAUGUUCGAUUACUGUCGCAAUGAACUUGACUUCAAAAAUAUUGACCAUUUGGCCUGUACGGAAGUUCGAGCUGCUAACUUAGCUCACUGCAGUUUUCUCAGUGCAUGGUCGCAAGGCAAUGCUUCAUUGUUCAAAAUUAAAGAUGCGCAUCAGUUACAGCCAACUUCCUAUUGGCUACUCGCUAGUGAGCGGAUCAAUCAGCUGUUCUCACUGAAAGACGCCUCUCUUCCAAUAAAGUGGUGGGAGCCAGUGAAAUUUUUCCUUAUACUGCGACAAACGGGAUCCAUUCAUUUAAGAAGCCUUGCAAUAAACGGGUCUCUACUGUAUUUGGUAUAUAAGGUGAGUAGAAAAAGUUCCUCCUUAAGUGGUAUUUGUGUAGAAACAGGAAAGACGUCCUUUUUGGAUUAGCUGAAAGUAUUAUAUUUAUGAAUGGACUUCUUCAAUUGAACAAUUAUAAUAUUAUGUCAAUGUUAAGGUUAUAUGUCACUUUGUCUCGAGAUGGCCUCUGCCAUUUUACAUACACAGUGCUAUUUUACAAACUUUUUACAGUGUCGUUUUGCCUUCUACAAAAAUGUUCAUAUAUAGUAUACAAUUUUAUAGUACUAUUUAAAAUAAACAAUUAGUUUACUUAUUAUGGAUAAUUUCAGAAGAUGAAAACACAGAAUGAAACA